AUUUAGAACACGCGAAAUAGAAUAGGUAAAGAACAUUUUGGCACGGUGUGAGUAGAAAAUAGGAAAUCUAGCGGACUAUCUUCGAAAUAUUGGAGUUUUCCUAUUUCAAUUCCAGUGUUGUUCUUGCUUUGCGAUUCCCCACACGGCUACACCUGAAAAAAUGGAGUUGAAAGAACUCCCAGUUUUCACCCAAACUAAUCUGGGUACUUGCGUUGUUGUCGCCGUUUCACCGGACAUUACUGCCGGAAAAUUCAAAGGGGAACUUGAAAGAGCGCACAUUUGUUGUUUUCCUGAACUAGGAUUUCUCUCUAUUGAUGAAGUGAUGGUGAAGCAGAUUAACUGUUAUUACCGCCUGCCUGAUAUGCUGCCGCUGGAGCAUGUUUUCCAUGGUCUUCAAGAUUCCUGGUUCCUCUAUGUAAAUGUUAGUCGAUUGAAAUUUUUUCCAGAUAUCAAUAACAGUACAAAAUUUCGUCAGAACUUGGCUGAAAUCCAGAGCAACAAACAAAAUUUAGGCUCAAAAGCUGUUCCGCAGGGGGAAGCACAGGUAUACCCACCGAUGAAGAAGAAGAAGAAGAAGAAGAAGAAGAGGAAAAAAAACCCAAAAGUUAAGAACUUUUCUGAAAGACUCGGUGAUGAUAUACUUGAGCCAGAGCCAAAAGGAAACGUUUCCAGUGUAUGUGAAGGGAAACGGAGAGGUCAGCAAGAAGUGCUGCAUCCGAGUGAAGUAUCAGAUUUCAAUGCUACAGCACUGGUAUCAACUCCCCCAUCUAGGAAGGAAAAAAUGCGGAAAAGAAAACCUAAAUUGAAGAAAUGUGCUGAAAGAUUCAGUCAUGAAAGACUUGAGCCAGAGCAAAAAGGAAACACUUCCAGUGUGUGCCAGAAAAAAUUGAGUGGUCAGCAAGAAGUGCAGCAUCCAAGUAAAGUAUCAGAAUCCAAUGCUACAGCUGAAAGUCCUUGUGGAAGCUUAUCUGGAGCAGUAUCAGUGUCAGGUAUCAUUGACAGAUACUUCACAAAUUUUAUCAAUGUUGAUCCGAAUGGAAGCGCUUCCAGCUCAGAAGCUACCACAGGAACGGGACAAUGUGAUAUGGAGAAUAUUUCCUUGGAUAAGAACAGCUCCAAGAAGCGAAAUUCUCUAAAAACACGCCAGAGAUUGUUGCCCUCACUUUUGCCAGAAGACUCGAAUAAUGUUGUUGGUCUGAAAAACAAUUAUGAAAGAUCUGAAGUUGGUAAUCGUUUAGUAGUUGCUUCAAGUAAUCUUGGGAGUUCUCAAAGAUCUUCUUUGUCCAAGGUUAAAAAGUUGCUGGAUUCAGAUGCUGGGUCAAUUAUCAGGAAUUUGAUUUUUGAAGUCAACUGAAUGAGAGAUUUAUGGAGGAUGUGCUAUUGCAAUUUUGUGAUUUACCAGCAAUAGCCUAAUGAUAUCUACUUUAGUCUUUACACAUGCUACUUAUGUGGCUAAAUCAUAGUUACCACUUUGGUGGGGGAGCAGCCUUUUCAGAAAGUCAUUGCCUUGAAGGGUUUCUAUAUCUGGAAAUGCACUAAUUCAGAGGAAUCUGCGAUGCAAGGAACUGCAGCUUCUUGAAGAGAGUUGUGAAACUUUCUGCCUUUCUGGUAUGUUAUGGAGUACUUAGUUUGACAUAUCAAAUUACACCAAUCCAAAGAAAAAUGUGCAUAUCUUUGCUGCCAUCCACAAUGCCUUCGGCUGAAAAGAAGAAUGACUUGAGUGCGUUAAUUUUUUUGGCUGAAAAGAGUGAAGCAAGAAUUGGAGCUGAAGUCUGUAGCUGAGAUGCUCAUUUCUUGAUCAUAAAGGGAAUGUGAGUCAACAGUGACCCUUUGAAGUUUUCUGGUUUUUUGGUUCAAGUCUCGGCAAUUGAGUUUGUUUCUCCUAUUUGACAGAUGCAUAAAGACUGGUAGGACUUUUCUGGUUCUGGAUGCUUGUUUCUGUUGUAUGUUGUGAAAUAUGCUCACUUGAGCAUUAUUUGUUGUUGUCA